UCCUCGUGCAGCGUGGCACAACAACCGUGGCAACUUGCGAGUUAGCGUUUAGUAGCUCCUCUCCAGUGUCGGCCGCAGAAGUUCAGAAGUUUUUUUUUCGAAGAUGACUGGGUCAAACUUUAGAUUCGCGUUUUUGGCGGUUUUCGUCCUAGGGUCUGUAUUUUGCGAUGAUGGGCUUAAGAUUGAUGUUGUUAGCAAACCAGAGGUUUGUGAGGUUAAGACGAAAAACGGCGAUAUGUUGACCAUGCAUUAUACGGGGACGUUGACCGAUGGUACCAAAUUUGAUAGCAGCUUCGACAGAGACCAACCUUUCUCCUUCAAACUUGGAGUUGGCCAGGUGAUCAAGGGAUGGGAUCAGGGACUCCUGGACAUGUGCGUCGGUGAAAAGAGAAAGCUCACCAUCCCUCCAAGCCUAGGCUACGGUGACAGGGGAGCAGGAAACGUCAUCCCAGCUGGAGCCACCCUUAUGUUCGAAGUUGAGCUCAUCAACAUCGGAGAUGCCCCACCACCAACCAAUGUCUUCAAGGAGAUCGACGCUAACAACGAUAGCCAACUUAGUCGUGAAGAGGUCAGCGAGCAUCUGAAAAAACAGCUUAUAGCAGUAGAAGGAGAGACGGAUGAAGUUAAAGAGAUGUUGAAAGAACACGACAAAUUGGUCGAAGAAAUUUUCCAUCAUGAGGACAAAGACAAAAAUGGAUUCAUUUCCUUCACGGAAUUUUCAGGCCCUAAACAUGACGAACUUUAAUGAAUAUUAGUAGUUUCUUUCACCAUUGAUUUGAUCCUGAAACCGUCAAUUAAAUUUUUAGUGUUAAUUUUAUUAUUUAUGUUUUAAUUACAGUCAGGGAUUUGAAUGUGAAUUUUUAUUUUAACAGACUCUCUUUCUAUUUUAUUGAUCAAACUGUUUUUACUAUACUUCCAAUUAUUAUGAAUGUUUUAAAAUAUUUCUGCUUGUUGAGAAAAAUUACUAAUUCACAUCCUACUCUUUUAUUUUAGCUAAUUCACAGUUAUGAAACUACGACUGAAUAUUUUGUAGUAAUUAGUUAAUAUAAGAUUAUAUACAUGCAAUGAAGUACUUCUUUUUAUUCUACAUGCUACUGCUGUUAUAUUUAUAUUAUAUAUUUAUAAGAUAUAUUUGUAAAAUAGGCAUUAAAUAAAUUUUUGUAUGGUUGAA